AUGUCCUGCAACUGUGCUGAGUCCACCGCCGUCGCGGAUCGGCGCGACGCCUAUGAGGACUUCGUGAAAAAGCAGCUGGAUGCGCUGCGCCAGAGCUUACUACGGCGCUACGACACGGAGCUGCUAUAUGGCUCAUCUGGCCACGUGGUGAGGGACGACGAGGUGCAGGUGGGCAAGCGCCACGUGGUGUCCGUCACCGUGGACGACCGGCUGCGGGGAGUGCCACCGCUGGAGCGUUCUCACGAAGAUUCAGAGGACGCUUUCUUCUAUCCACGAUGGAUCGAGUUGACUGCGAAGAUGCUUCAGAUGAAGGACAACGACGAGGGGAACAGUCAGGAUGACUUCACGGAGAAUGAUUUGCACAUGCUGCCCAUGUGGAACAUCUCUCUGCAGGACUUGAAACGCCGUACUCGGCCCCGCAACUUUCGCACCAUGUUUACGCAUGACAAGAAGGGCAACCUGAAGAUGAAAGAUACAAUCCGCGAGGAGCUGUCGUGUCUCCAUCGCAUGGUGCUCCAGCCGAAUAGCUGGCAACAACUGUUGUGGACGGCCAUUGGGGCAACGUUGAUCUUGUGGGACCUCAUCACCAUUCCCUUGGGUUUCUUUUCGAGCGCAUUGCCCACGUUCCUGGACUUCCUGCGGAUCUUCUCGCGCUUCAGCUUUGCGUACUGGGUCACCGACAUGCCAUUGCACCUGGUUUUCGGCCUGGAGCUCAACGGUGCGCAAGAGUUGAGGCCCAAGAAGCUGGCGCUUCUCUAUCUCAGAUCUUGGUUCUUGAUGGAUCUAGUCCUUAUUUCCAUCGAUGCCACUAUCUUGAUCUUGGAAAUCUUUGAGGAAAGCGUCCCUAGCUCGGCGCGGCUCUUCCGCGUCAUGCGGCUGCUGCGCUUGCUCCGUCUUCUUCGACUAACGCGGCUGCAAAACAAGGUCAUGGUGUUGGCAAAUCGAUUGUUGAGCACCAACGCCUUCUUGAUUCUGAAGGUGGCAGGUGGACUCUGUAUGAUGAUGAUCACCAACCACAUCAUUGCUUGCUGCUGGUUUGGGGUGGGUUCCUUCGACGCGGAGAAGAAUUGGAUCAAAAAUAUGGAGUUGGACAAAGAAGACUUCGCAGACUCCUAUAGCGCUGCUCUUCAUUGGUCUCUGACGCAGUUCACACCUGCCACAAACAACAUCGUCCCAGAUAAUGCAGUGGAACGCGCCUUCGCCUCGGCGGUGAUUCUGCUGGCCAUUGGGGUUUUCAGCUCCUUCAUCGCAUCCAUCAGUAGUACCCUCAACACGCUGCGAAUGUCCCGCCUGGAGAACUCCAAGCACUACUCGAAGCUCUUCCAAUUCUUCAACGAGAGGAACCUCUCUGUGAACCUCUACGCGAAGGUCAAGGAGGUGGUUCGAAACGAAAACUUGGCGGUGCGAGUGCAGGAGAAGGAUGUGACCUUCAUCCAGAAGAUUCCGGAAAGGUUGAAGAUCCAACUGCACGCGGAGAUGUAUCUUCCAAGCUUGCUCUCCAUGAAAAUUUGGCCCCACAGUGGCAUUGAUGACGCGGAUUUCUUCUACAGCAACAUGUGUCAUCGCGUGUUGUGUGAAGGCCUUGCUUCCCCUGGACAGGACGUUUUCCUGCCCGGCACAGAUUGCAAGGAUGUCUACUUGUUGGAAUCUGGUGACAUGACCUACGUCAUGCGAAGAGAUACGGAAGCGACGCGGAUCUGCGACCAGCAACUUUGUGUUGCAUGCCUGUGGGCAGAGUGGCACCACCGCGGACGUCUCUCGGCUGGGCAAGGCAUGUGCUACUUCAUCAAGGUGAACUGCGACGCCUUCGGGCAGGUGGUUCUGAAGUAUGGGGGCCCCUUGUAUCGUUAUUUGCAGAUCUAUGGCAUUCUGUUGGUGAGUGAGAUCGAAUGGCUCCAAGAGGACGGCUUUCUGAUGUCGGACCUCAAUCUGGAUGAGGAGCAAAUGACCAACCUCUCCGCGCAAGCGGAGCGCUUUGCGAACCUCGUGGCGGUUGCGCCCUCCCCAACGGCGCCAAAGGAAAACGCCUUAACGAGGACGGGUGCGCGCGAAUUGGUACAUGCCGGCGACUACCGCGAUGGAGGUUCCUACGAGGACUUCGUGCUGCGACAGCUGGACCUUUUGCGAAGCUCUUUGUUGCAGCGCUAUGAGAUUGAAGUCGACAGAUGGUGCUCAACUGAUCCGCCCCAAAGUGGAAAGGACCGUCCAGAUGUCUAUACUGCCUCACUAGACGAGUACGCCCCCUUACACCGCUGGAUACAGCUGACCAAUCGGAUAUUGGAGGCGGAAGUGGACAAAGACAGCGAGGACGCGCCUCAGCUGGACGCCGAGCUCUCGAUGUUGCCGGUCUGGAACUUCUCCUUACAGGAGAUGCAAAAGCUCAGCCGGCCGCGGAACUUCCGCACGGCCCUGACCAAUGACGAGGUCUUGAACGUCAUGAGGAUGAACGACCCUAUCAAGGAGGCGCCCUUCUGGCUGCAACGACUGGUCUUGAAGCCCAACAGCUGGCAACAACUCUUGUGGACCACCCUAGGGGCGAUGCUGAUCUUGUGGGACCUCAUCACCAUACCCUUGGGUUUCUUUGAUUUGCCGCAGUUUUUGGCGUUCCUGACGCUCUUCGCUCGAUUCUCUUUCGCCUAUUGGUGCAUCGAUGUGCCGCUACACGUGGUCUUCGGGGUCGAGGUGAAUGGAGCGCAAGAGUUGAGGCCAAAGAAGCUUCUAAUGACGUACCUGAGGUCCUGGUUCUUGAUCGACCUCUUCAUCAUUUCGGUGGAUGCGAUCAUCAUCACUCUGGAGGUACUUCAGGAAUCCAGCAACGAUGAAUUCUCGAUGUGGCGUUCAGCCCGUUUCUUUCGAAUCCUGCGCUUGCUUCGUUUGCUGCGGUUGCUGCGCGUGACCAAGCUGCAAAACGAGUUGAUGAUCUUGGCCAAUCAGUUCCUCUCCACCAACGCCUUCCUCAUGCUGAAGGUAGGUGCCGGGCUGUUUAUGAUGGUCAUCACCAACCACAUCAUCGCUUGCUGCUGGUAUGGCGUGGGUUCCUUCGGCGACGCCGGGAGCUCGAGCCAGAGCUGGCUGCACACUGCGCAGCUGGACAGUGGAGAUUUCGGUGCGGCCUAUGCGGCGUCGCUGCACUGGUCCUUGACGCAAUUCACCCCAGCCACCAACAAUAUCGCCCCUGAGAGCCCAUUGGAGCGAGUCUUUGCUUUGGUGAUCAUUCUUCUGGCUAUUGGUGUCUUCAGUUCCUUCAUUGCUUCAAUCAGCAGCACCUUGAACAUGCUCCGGGCCUCGCGCGUGGAGAAUUCCAAGCACUACUCGAAACUCUUCCAAUUUUUCAAUGAGAGGAAUCUGUCGGUGAAUCUGUACGGCAAGGUGAAGAAGUUGUUACGCAAUGAGCACCUGGUGGUCCGAGUACAAGAGGCCGAAGUGGCGCUGAUUGAAAAGAUCCCCGAAAGACUGAAGAUUCAGCUUCACAUGGAGAUGUACAUGCCCACCCUGCUAUCGAUGAAAAUCUGGCCCAAGACGAAAAUGUCGGACGUGGAAUAUUUCUACAGCAAUGUUUGCCACCUGGCCAUCUCUGAGGGCCUCGCGAAGCCUGGCCAGGAUGUAUUUAUGCCUGGCACUGAUUGCAAAGAUGCGUAUAUCUUGGAGUCAGGCGACAUGUUCUAUCUUCCGCGACAGGGGCAAAGCUUUGCAAAAGAAAGAGGACCUGAAGGGGUGACCCUUUCCAACGAGCACCUCUGUGUGGUGUGCCUCUGGGCCGAGUGGCAUCAUCGUGGUCGCCUCUCUUCGGGGCAGAACAUGAGCUACUUCAUCAAGGUGAAUUGCGAGACCUUUGGGACGAUGGCGAUGAAGUUUGGUGGUCCGCUCUUUCGCUAUUUGCAAAUCUUUGGCAUCCUACUGGUGAGUGAGAUUGAGUACCUACAGGAGCAAGGUACCAUUGUCUCUGACAUGAACCUGGAAAAGGAGCAAAUGAUACAACUUGCUGUGCAAGCAGAACGCUACUCAGAUGUUGCAGCACCGAAGUCCUCGCCCAAGGGAUUCACACAAUCCCUGUCCAGGAUCUUGACCAUCAAGCGCGCCUCCACGCAAACUGAAAGCUGA